UAAAUAAAACCAGAAAAGGGCCUAAAAUAAACAAAAAAUAAUAACCAAAAAUAUGAAAAAAAGCGAGAGAUCCGUGAUGGCCAAACGAUUCGCUAUUCCACGCGCCUAUGUCUGCGUCUGAAAUCACGCUCUCUCCCUCUCUCUUUACCGACUUUUUAAUCUCUUCAUAUCUUUCUCUCUUGUCUCCACUAUAAAAUCUCGCGUUUCCCUCCUUCCAAUUCUGCACCGAUAUCUCACGCUAAUUUCGAUAUUGCCACUGAUUUAAUACAUAACGUAACCACCUAAACCAACAAAUAAACCGUAUUCGGUUAAGUUAUGGAGGAUUUAUUGGCUGACGAGGAGAGUCUAACACGGACUGACUCGGUUAGUAAGAAGCGAGUCAGACACGAGUUUGACGAGUCAGGCCUCGACUCGCCUGACGUAAAGCGGCUGAGAGACGAUUUGUUCGAUGACUCGGGUCAUGACUCAUCGAUUCAAGAUCUUGACUCGGUGAUAAAAAGCUUCGAGGAUGAGUUGUCGACCACGACGGCGCAAGUCUCCGGCGAGACUCAGCCGGAUCUCGGGUAUCUUUUCGAAGCUUCCGACGACGAGCUGGGCUUACCUCCGCCGCCACCCCCACCACCGACGCUUCCUGCUCCGUCGUGUGAUGAAACGGAGGUGACGGUGACGGAAUUGGUACGAGCUUCGUCUGAUACAUCGGAAGUCGGCGAUUUAUGUGGAUUUGAGGAUCAUGUUACGGGUUUUGGAUCUUUUGAACUGGAUGAUGGACUCUUCGAAUAUUCCGAUUAUCUAGAUCCCGGCGACCACUUUCCAUUGCGGCCAGAGUCUUUACCGGCGGAGUAAACAACAUUCCGGAGUUUUUUAAAGCGGGAAAUGAAACGGUGGCGUAUUGUGAAGCGUUUGGCCCGUUUUUUUUUUCUUUCCCUAAUGUUUAAAUGAUAGAGAAUCUAUAUAUUUUUAAUAGGAGUUUUAGGAUUUUAGAGAAAAUCAGAUUUGUAGUGUGGUAAAUAGCUUAGAUUAAGCUUAUCAGAAUCCCUUUUCCUCUUUUUUCCAGGAUAUGUUCUGUUUGUCUUUAAUUAUCUUCAUCCUUUUGUUUAGCUUUUGUUAAUGUUAAAUUUUAUAGUAUUUUCACGGAUUUAAUAACAUAUUUUAUAAUCUCAGAUUAAGCAUUGUUCAUAUCA